GCCCGGUCAAUCACGUGCCAGAUCAUCCUAAUGUCCACAUAAAACAGAAGUCCACAGCCAGAAUCUAGUGCAUACUCGGAUAAGCCGUCGAUGCUGUUGCGCGUUAACACUUGACUCCAAAAAGCUGUACACCUGACUAACACUUCGACAUGGAUGACCUGACCAAGGAUCAAAUUGCUCUCCUGAAGAAGGCUUUCGAUGCCUUCGACCACGACAAAAAGGGUAGCAUCGGUACCGACAUGGUGGGCACGAUAUUGACCAUGUUGGGCUACGAGCUGAGCGAGAAAACGUUGAAAGAAAUCAUCACGGAAGUGGACGAAGAUGGAUCCGGCCAACUGGAAUUCGAAGAGUUCUGCACUCUGGCUGCCAGAUUCUUAGUGGAGGAGGACACGGAAGCGAUGCAGCAGGAGUUACGCGAGGCAUUCCGGUUAUAUGACAAAGAAGGGAACGGAUACAUAACAACCGAGGUGUUCCGCGACAUUCUUCACGAGCUGGACGACAAACUGACGCCACAGGAAUUGGACAUGAUGAUCGAGGAGAUCGACGCUGACGGCUCAGGAACGCUCGACUUCGACGAGUUUAUGGAAGUUAUGACCGGUGGUGACGACUAGAUUACACGGUGGGACUAAUUAGGACGGACAGCGGCUACGAUUAAGCGCGACAACGAUUGGCACGAACGACUGGCCUCGCACCUGGAUACCAGAGGCAUGGGAUUUCGAUUGGUCGACUGGUCGACGGCUACGCCUGGUUUAGAACUGGAAACCGUUUCCGAUUCCCAUUUCCAAUCGAUCGUACCAUCAACGUCGAAUUACACCGGAGUCGUAAGGUCAUAUUGCGAACGCAACAAAAGAGAACGAAACGUUCAAUAAAAAUUCCCAGAAUGAAAAA